CUGGAGUUGGGAUUAAUUGAAUGCAAUCUGAAAAACGCUGAAAAAGCGACUCAACUGUUGAACAAAUGUAUGACUGAUUACACGAGUUAUCCGAACGAAAACUUUGUACACAUCAGAGCCUAUGCGGCGCUCAGAGAGUUGGGAGCCGUCGGUGAGGCUCCGGAGGUCGACGACCAGAAAAGCGAUGUCUUUGAAAACGUGUUGCAAACCAAUGAUGUGGUCAAAGCGUUGGCAGAUAUUGAGCCCUAUUGUUUGUUUGGUCAAUUGGCCAGAUUGUUUAAAUUACUAUACUGGACGUACGCCGAUACACACGCCGGUAUUGGACCCGUAAACGCCGAGAUAUGCGGCCAACUAAUGGACACUGAACUGGGAAAGUAUCCGAAAAAUAUAAUGUUAAAUAUAUUUGGGUCAAAAUUGGAUCAAAUAAACGGUAAGAUCGAUGUGGCCAUAGACUCGUACCACAGACUACUGGGUGAUCCACACGUGACGCCACGACGAUUCAUAUACUUUGAGCUAACGUGGUGUUAUGCGCUGCAAUCUGAUUGGCCAAGGUGCAUUGAAUACGCGGAAAAAUUUCGCACCAACAGCUUUUACACUCCGGCCAUCGCCACGUAUAUGGAGGCCGUGUUUCGGUACACGGAAUGGACCAUAACUGAUGAGUCCGUGGCUAAAGACAAGGCCACAGAAUUGUUCAAACUGGUGCCGACACUGCGUAUACGACAUUUGGGUAAAACUGUUACACCGGAAAAGGUGGCGGUUGUGAGGGCUCAGGAUUAUAUCAAAAACGGGGAACUCUUGAUUUUGCCGGACGUGGUACUUUUUGUGAGGCAACACUCAUCAGACUAUCUGGAUAGUUAUCUGAUAGCUAUAUUUUAUAAGGGAGUUGUGUUUAGACUAAUGUCCGACUUUAAAAAGGCGACCGAAUGUCAGCAAAUUAUUAUUGAUAACGAAUCGCGAAUCGGGGGACAGUUUUCACUGCCGGCUCAGGCGGUCCUCGAAAUGGGUUUAAUUGAAUACGAGAUGAAAAACACUGAAAAAGCAAUUGAUUUGCUUAACAAAUGUAUUAACGAAUACACGGGUUAUCUGAACGAGAAUUAUGUUCACAUUAAGGCGUUUACAGCCCUCAGAGGUCUGGGAGUGUGUAAUACAAAACAUGCCGACGACGAGCACCUCUGUAUGUUAUUAGAUAUCGAUCAUUUGUCGAUCGAUGAGUCCAUACGUAUGGCUAACAAAGUAUUUGAAGACGUGAUGCGGACUAACGGAGUGGAGGAGGCGUUGGCUACUAUUGAACCCAAUUGUGAGCGCAGUGUUUAUCAUAGUUAUGUCAGAAUUGAAUUGCACUCCGAUUUGCUUCAUUCAUUCGGCUAUGCGUUGAGUGCUUUCACAUUAGCCAUAGAAACGCAUAAUGUGUUUGCGUUAAUCAAAGUUGUUUAUCGUUUGCAUAAGUUUCGCAACAAUUUCCGUCACGCCAAUAAAGUGCGUAAAAUGCGAACCCAUUGGGAGAGUGAGGCGUCUAAACAGCAAUACGAGGCGGCCGUACGUCUGGCCAAUGGUUUCAUGAAUUUGAUCAUAAGUAAUAUACCACCAAAAAUACUACAAGUCAUCAACUUUAUAGGCAUCAGCGGUAGUGAGAGUAUCGGAUGGUAUAAUAUUGAUACGGCAGCAUAUAAACUACCAGGCUUGUUUAGCGAACUGGCCCGACUGGGUCGCGUAUUUUAUUGGAGCUACAUUGAGCCGCACCUAUGUCUAGGGCCCCUGAACGUGGAUAAUUGUCAAAAAUUACUCGACAUACAGCUAGAAAAGUAUCCUAAAAAUUUAAUGCUAAACAUAUACAACACAAAAUUGUUGCAAUUAAACGGCCGAAUCGGACCGGCUAUCGACGCCUACCAAAACUUGCUCACCGAUCGACACCUGACGCCCAAAAGGGUGAUGUACUUCGAGCUGAUGUGGUGUUACGCACUCGUAGGCGAUAUAGACCGGGCCAUAGAGUACGCCGAGCUGUUCCGCACGGGUAGUAUGUAUUCGCCAGCGAUGGCCACUUUCAUUGAAGCCGUGUUUCGGUACGUAAAGAUUGUGCCGACAGUACGUAUCAGACAUGUGGGCAAAACAAUAACACCGGAAAAGUUGGCUGUCGUCCGAUCGGAGAAAUACUUGAAAUGCAAUCAUAUGUUGGUUUUGCCGGAUGUGGAAGUGUUAUACGAGUUAAAUUUGUUGCGAUUUAUUAGAGGCGAUAAACUAUUGUUAUCCAAAUUUAUGGAUCGGAUUAAUAAGGAAUUGAUGAAAUACCAGAGCGAUCUCACUGGAAGUGAUUAUUUGGACAACUAUUUGAUGGCUAAAUAUCUAGAGGGUGUGGUCUCUAAAUUAUUGUUUGACUACACAAAAGCCAAACAAUGUAUGGAUGUCAUUAUCGCAAAUGAUGGACGGAUUGGACGAGAGUUUUCACUGCCGGCUCAGGCGGCGCUUGAAAUGGGUUUAAUUGAAUACGAAAUGAAAAACCACGAAAAGGCCGUCGAAUUGCUAACCAAAUGCAUUAACGAAUACACGGGUUAUCUGAACGAGAACUAUGUCCACCUCCGGGCGUUUGCCGCACUCAGAGAGCUCGGCGUCGGUGUAGAGAAACACUCGGAGGACGACAACAAAUUGGAAGAAUAUAAGAAUCAAUGGCUUAAUAGUAUGAAUAUUAAGAAGAAAACAUACGACCAAUUGAUGGAAACCGAGGAAAAGGAAAUUAUAGUCAAUAAUUGA